GGCUGUGCUUGACGAAGCUGUCCGGUUUCUGGGUUUUCUGGAGGGGUUUUGGUUGUUUUGUUUUGCUUUGCUUUUUCCCUAGUCCCGAAGAAAGAGCUUGGUGCUGGACCAUCUCAGAGGCAUGAAUUACGCACGGUUCAUUACUGCGACCAGCGCAGCCAGAAAACCUUCUCCCAUCCGAACCAUGGCUGAUGUCCUGAACAAGGCACCAAAAUCUCUCAUCUCCUUGGCUCCUGGAUUUCCAAACCCGGACACCUUCCCCUUUAAGAGUGCUGUUAUCACUUUAGAAAAUGGAAAUACCAUCCAAAUUCGAGGAGAGACCAUGAAGAAAGCGCUUCAAUAUUCUUCAACUUACGGAAUUCCAGAGCUUAUAUCCUGGCUAAAACAGUUUCAAAUAAAAUUGCAUAAUCCUCCUACCCUCCAUUAUGCACCUAAUCAAGGACAAAUGGAUCUCUGUGUCACAUCAGGCACCCAGGAUGGUCUUUGUAAGGCAUUUGAAAUGAUAAUUAAUCCUGGAGAUACUGUCCUCCUAAAUGAACCAGUUUAUCCAGGAACACUCCAAGCUCUGCUCCCCCUGGGCUGCAACAUUAUUAAUGUCCCCAGUGAUGAGUUUGGGAUGAUUCCCGAUGCCCUCAAAGAAAUCCUUUCCAAAUGGAAACCAGAAGAUUCCAAGGACCCUACCAAAAACACCCCCAAAUUUCUCUACACUAUCCCCAAUGGCAACAACCCUGCUGGAAACUCACUGACAGGUGACCGCAAGAAGGAGAUCUACAAGCUUGCAAGCAAAUAUGAUUUCCUCAUAAUAGAAGAUGAUCCUUAUUAUUUUCUCCAGUUCAACAAGCCCUGGGCACCAACAUUUCUCUCCAUGGAUGUGGAUGGGCGUGUCAUCAGAGCUGAUUCCUUUUCAAAAAUCCUCUCCUCUGGGUUGAGAUUAGGGUUUGUAACUGGCCCAAAACCAUUAGUAGAGAGAAUUGUUUUACACACACAAGUUUCAUCAAUACAUGCCUCCAGUUUUGUACAGAUCAUGGUAUUACAGCUUCUACAGCAGUGGGGAGAAGAAGGUUUUCUGGCUCAUGUGAACAGGAUUAUUGAUUUCUACAGGAGUCAGAGGGACGCCAUCCUGGCAGCUGCAGAGAAGUGGUUAAGUGGUCUGGCAGAAUGGCAUGUUCCUGUUGCUGGUAUGUUUCUAUGGAUUAAAAUUAAAGGCAUUUCUGAUUCACGGCAACUGAUUGAAGACGCCACUAAGAAAGAGGUUUUACUGGUUCCAGGGAAGGCUUUCUACAUUGAUAGCUCAGCUCCCAGUCCCUACUUCAGAGCGUGCUUCUCCCUCGUUUCUGCAGAAGAGAUGGACAUGGCCUUCCAGAGAUUAGCUCAAAUUAUAAAAGAAUCUUUGUGAAGAAAUUCAACUAAUCACAGUACUCAUGGAUUUUUCACAUUAUUUCUACAUUUUCUCUGGAGGGAACAAUUAUUGGUGUUAGUCGUAAGAAGUGAUACCAAACAUCGUACAUGUGUAUCUGUAACCGGACAACUUUUUAAAUGCCUUUAAAUCUAUCAGAUUGCAAAAAUAUAUUUGGAAGCCAUUUAGGCUUUUCAUUUUUUAAUCUGCAAACAAUUAUUUUUAUCUUAGAUUUUACCGUAAAGAACUCUGUAGCUGCCUUAAAAGGUCCUAUAAAUUUUCUGAAACUAACAUUUUACACUAUAUUAUUUUAAGAAAAUAAUUAAAUUCAAAACAGUAUAUGAGGUGUACUUUUUCUGUUUCUAGGGAAAUUUAAAUGAGAGCUUAUUACAAAAUUGUUACAAUUUGGCCAGUAUAAAUGAGUUUUUAGUAAACAUACCAGAGAUAUUAAUGUUAAAAUAUAGAAAUCUGUUUCAAAUAAAAUUUCUGAAAAUAAACAUAUCUAAAAGCAUCAUACAUUAUUUCUAAAUUAGAAGGAGGAAUCAUGGGUUUAGGAAAGUUUACUACAUUGUAUUUUCAUAAUACUAUAUAAUUUAUCAAAAGUGCAUUCUUAUCAGCUAUGUUAUUGAAAUCUACUACAACCCUUUGAGGUAUUAAGACAUACUUUGUUAAUGAUUUUGUCUUCUUUUUGGCCUUGAGCUCACUUUGUAGCCUAGGCUGAUCUGGAAGUCACAAGGAUACUCCUGCCUCGGCCUCCCGAGUGCUGGGAUUAUAGGCGUGAGCCACCACACCAGUUUUUUCCUCAUUUUUAAAGUCUUUAUUUUCCCAUCUGAUUAUUAAAAUAAUGUAUGCUUAUCCAAAUUUGCAAACAAUGCCGAAAGCGUAAGGCAAAGAGCAAAAGAAACUUGCUACCUCUUCUCCACUCAUAGCUGCUGUCAGCAUCUGUCAUUCUUCCUGUAAGUUAUUUUAGAUGCAUACACAUGUCCUGUGUAACAGGACAGGAGCUCAUUGUAGCAGUGGACCAUACAUACCAUUUACUUGGUUUCUAUCUUCAUUUAAUGGAUUACCAGUGUUUCAAGGUCCACUCAUUGUAAUUUUUCAAGUUCCUUUGAGGAAGUAGGACAAUUAUGUCAUUGUUAUUUAUUCCAUCCCUUGUGUAAGUGAACAUCUCCAUUAUACAUAUCAAUUGUUUGCUGAUUUGGAGGCAUUAUCCCCACGCAGUAAAUCCAACAAUUACUCUGCUUUCUUACUACAGCAUAAUUCCUUGUUUAUUCAAAGUAAAGAGAAUAGUACUAUGGAUUUUCCUUUUAAUGAAAGGAAAGGCUUUAAAAUAGCAGGAAAUGGGGGGAAGAGGAAAGAAAAAAGCUUUUAUAGUGGCAGUGAUGUCUUGAUCUAUGAUCUUGAGAAAAUCAUUCACAUCUAAAAUUCCUUCCAUAGCUACUAGGCACAAACUUCCCUAGUUAUCUUUUUGGGACCUGACCAAGAUCCCCCAUUGCCUGUAUCAAGGGUACAGCAAGAGGAUAAGAUAAGAAAGAAACAAAUUUAGUAACACAUGAUUAGUAACUGGGAAGUCGAUGCCUAUGGAUGGACCAAGAGAGUGAUUCUCCAAAGCAGCCAAUAUUUAUUGGGUAGUAUGAACAUUCAAAGUUGGUGGAAUCUAUUCAUGAUGAGCUCUUCCAAGAGAACCAAUGGCUCAAACAGCAACACUUAGAGAAACCCACAACUCCUCACUCAUCUUCUCCACAUCUCUAUUUAUACUGGCAACUUUCCUCAGGUAGAACAUCUAUGCUCAGCACCAUGCUGAUUUAAUUCAGCUGGUGUUAAGUUGACCACCAGUUUUUAAUCCAUAACAUCUCCAUUUAUCCCUUAGGGAAGUAGGCAAAAUUAGCCAUUGUGAAUUUGAGGUCCCCAAUAGUUGCUAACAUGUGUAGUAUUAUUAGAAGCAUGAUUCUUGUAGUAAAUAUUUCAAAAGGGUCAAUCUGUGUUUUCCAGUGGGAGUGGAUCUGGUUGCUAUUAAAGUUAAUGAUUAUACCUUCGGA